AUGCCGAGGCUGACGAUUAAACCACCCAGGCCAGAAGCUCACAGAACAGACACCGAGUCCGACGACUCAGAUAAGCAAGACACAUCUGCCCCAAUGGACCCUGCCGACCCUCUCGGUCUUUUGGCAUGGAGAGAAGCACCCACCCUCAGCCCUUCCAAUUACCCACCUCUCGUCGGGUCGAACGCCCUCCUUUCUUACAAUGGAUACCCACGUGCUCACAGACAGCGCCCAGGACAAGGUUCUGACAGUGAAAUCAGCCAUCUCGACCUCGACGUGGCGAAUGGCAGCCAUCAGCAACAGGGUAGACAUUACCAGAGACACCAUCAUCGAGAUUCUCCCACGCCUCGUGAUGCUCGCCCUCGAGCUUCGGCAGAUAAUGUUCAUCGAAGCAACCCUCCCUCGAGCCAAAUGUUCAACGAUGGACGGCGUCUGGCUUUGGGCAACUACAACCAGGUAACCCAGACAGUCCAGACGGCCUAUCUUCGCCGCGAGGAACUCGAAUCACAGAGAAUCUCGUCCGAGAGCGCUUUUGUCCAAGACGCAGAUCGCCAACGUUUGACGCUGGUACACCGUAUGCGUCGACAGAACCAGAGGACUCAAACAACCCAGAGGGUCCGGGCUACGCGAGAGACUUGGCCUGCAACGGGUGACAUUCACAAUUUGGGAUGGGGAUAUGGAUAUCAUGGAUACCCCUCCAUGUUAAACUAUCGACUUGACUUUUUUGAUGGUAUCACGCCGGUUCUGCCUCGUUCUGCCGCGGAUUCCCCACCCGGACAUGCCUCGGAUUCUGACUCCUAUCGCCCUCGCCUGCAUUGUACCGGCAUUUCGUUCAACGGUAUAGAUCCUGGCUUACUGCGAUGGAAGCAUGAGAAUGGGCCAUAG